UAUUAAAAUUCAAUUUUGAGCUUCAUCAAAACAAAACAAACAUUUUAAAAUACAUUAAAUAUGCCCAAAAUACGUAAAAAAGUACCAAGUUGAGCUACAGCUGCGUUGCAAUGGUAUCAAAGACAAUGACAACGAGUAGCCUCAAUGCCAGCAAGGACAACACGUCGCCAGUUGAUCCAAAAAACAGAUGAUGACGACUACACAUCGUCGAUGUCUCAUUUGACGAUUGGCGCCCAGAUCCAGGAGUUGUCAAAGCGUCUGCAAAACACCACUGAGGAAUUACAUCAGCAGGUGCGCGACAAGCAUGGAGCUCUGCUGCAGCAAGCAACGCACGCUGGACGUUUCGAUGCUGCUCUCAAUACGUUAACCGAUGAUGUGCAACGAGUGCGUGCAACGGGACAUCGUCUGAAGAGUCAAGUGGACACUCAAUAUCAGCUGGUGGAGAACCAGACCCAAGUUCUGGGCCGGCUGCAUGAGGUGUCGCAUCUAUUACGCUCAGCAGGCACGUUGCUGACGUUGACGGCAAAGUUGAAGAGUACCAAAGACGUUUUGCGGCAAGCAGAGUUGCACUUUGAGUUAGGUCAGUUGAUCGAGGACAAGGAACUGAAGGACAUUGAGUUCAUACAGGAGGAGCGCGCAUAUGUCAUAAGUUCCGGACAAAAGAUACGCAAUCUGACGCAGAUGCAGUUGGUCACGGGGCUCCAAGAGCGCAAUCAAACGCAAGUGGUCAAUGCACUGAAAAUUUUCAUGAACUUCAACACGUUGGAAAAAUCGCUGGAAAAUCUGCUGGCCACAUUUAUAGCGGACAUGGAACAAUCUCUCAAAGAAUGCUUUGCCGGCACAGACAUCUCAGUGCUCAACAAAGCUGAUGCAAUGCGGUCGCCAACCAACUCUGCCAGGAACAACAGUGCUCGCGGACCCGGCAAGGCGCCUCAAUUGACCACGACGCAGAACUUUCGAGCCAAAUUCUGGAAAUCGUUACAUUGGCUGCUAUACGACGAACUCUAUGAAAGUUGCACCCAAAUCAAGCUGCUAAAAACAUCUCUGGAGCAGAUCAAUCAAUUUGGCUACACUUCCGAGUCAUCGGAUCAAUGCAUUCCACAACGCUUCUGGCAACGUGUGCAGCAAUUAUUGCGCAAAUCAUUCGACGAGUGCUCGCAGCAUGUGAAUCAAACGCUGCAGGAAGGUCUAUCCAAGCUGUUGACCUCGGCACGGGGUUUGGAGCAGCGACUGCACAAUGAAUUCCAGUUUGACAAUGAACUCUUUGCGCCCUUAGAAGUGGGCUAUGUCAGUAAAUGUGCAGCCAACCUGAAGGCGUGCUUGGCUGGCGUUGAACUGCCUGGUAACGAGACCGUGGACAACUUCAUCAGAGUCGCAACCACUGAGCUGAGUGCUGCACUAAUCGAUAGUCGCCUGAGCAUCACAAUUGCAAAUGUUUUCAUUGCUUGUGGCAAGGAAUUGUGCACCAAGUUGGAGGCACAAAUUAAGCUGGGCGCGGACUCCAAGCAAGUUGUCGAUAUGCCCAAUUUGCAGCAGCAGCAGAACACACAGCUGGCAAAUGUACUUUACUACUACAAGGAUUCAGUGCGUCGCAUGUUGCGUGAUUUGCAGCUGCAGUUCGAGAAGACAACAGGUGGAGCAAGUGACACAAUUGCCCGUUCCUUGGAGCUGGCUGACCUACUAAUUGGCACCAUACUGCAGCAGAUAAUGGAAUCGAUUAUCACCACCAUCAGCAUCAUCAUUUUAAGCAUGCAUCGGGAGCCGGGAUUGAAUACAGAUCGCCUAUCCACAACGGGCCCAUCGAUGUACAUGAAAGAACUGCAGGAGUUUAUCUCUCGCUCCUGGUCGCAUCAUAUUGAACUAUUCGACGACAAGGAAUUGACCAGCAAAUGUGGACAGGAGCUCGCAAAGCGUUGCAUCGAACUCUUUAUACACAAUCUGUGCAUCUUGCGACCGUUGAGUGCAGCGGGCAGGCAGCGUUUGAAACAAGAUUGCCAGAAUAUGGAACAGGCAUUGAAGCCUCUCUGUCCCAACUUGGCUGAGCUCGGCAAGCCGUCGCGUUUGUUGCGCGCCAUGUCGCUGUUGAUAGUGCAAACGCCACAAGAGUUGGUCAAGCAAACAAUUGGAUCAGAUUCCUUGGUGCCUAGCUAUAUAGUGCUGUUGCUGCUCUUUGGCCAUGCCGGAGCAGAGCUGCAAUCACCGCACACCACAGCAAAUUGGUCCAAUGAACGUUUAAUAGAAUGGCUCGACGGGCACACGGCAGAGCGUGAGAAAUUGGAGCUGAUAUCGGGGGGCAUUACAAAGAUACCGUGAUAAUGCGCGACGCAAGAAUAUUCAGCAGUAUGAUGAAGUGUAUCCCAUGAUGGUGGAUUACUUUGAGCAAGCCUUAAAGGCAAUUUCAUAAUUUAAAUUUAAAAAUUCCAUUUGUAACGGCAAUAUAUUUUAAAUACAUACUAACAGCGAUAA